AUGGAUCAGGACCCACCCAACGACACAACUCGCACCAUGGAAGACACGUCUCGCACCAUAGAAGAUCGCACCACGGACGACACAUCGGAGUACACUCGUUGGCUUGACAGGAAGCCCUAUGCCACAGAGUCUCAUUUAUCUGGCACGAGCGCCUCCAAUGUUGUUAUGGAAGCCAUAAACGAUACAAUAGUCGUUAGUGGGGUGGACAGCGAUGUUGACGCGGAAGGUGACGCGAACAGGGAAUGGAGGGAGCCUAAAGUUGUGCGUAGCGGUCAUUCGAGGAGCCACAGAAAGAAAGGUUCUAUGACAGUAGCUUCAGGGCAGUUGCAAGUACAGUCACCGAAGAAAGUUCAUUUCACCCCUUCAGUGGAGGCCGCAACGGCUAGUCCCAUUGUCAGCAGUCCUGCAAGAGAUGCAUUCUCAGCGAAUGACGACCAUUCAGGACAGAGGGCUGGGUUUCCGGCUUCCCCCAAUGCCCCUACUGCUUGGAAAUCCUCGUCAAAGCAAUCGUCUGGGGGUAACGUCCAAUUCCCCUCAGCGUUAACAGUGGAGACCCGCGGCCGCACCAGUAAAUCUCUUGCACGCUCCAGCGAUCCAGGAUAUCCGGCACGCCAGGAUCGUGAUAAAUCGUCGGGAAGAUCGGCUGCGAAGAGAAGCAAGAGCAUGGAUACUUUAGAACACGUUAGCCGGCCACAAGAAGUUGACAAGCCCAACGACAAUUGGACAAGGGAGAAGGUUGCUCGUCCGCUUAGGUCUUCUUCGUCAGAGCGUAACUCGCAAAAGGCUGUUACAAGAGACGCACGUUACAGUCUUCCCGCUCUGACAACCGGUCCCACGGAUGCUCCUGCUUCAGGGGCGCCUAGGAAGUCGUGGGUGGUCAACCUUCUUGGCCACGCACUGUGCUUGACACAAGAUCAAACUCCCAUUGAAACACAACCGUCUUGGUCAUCCACUUCCACAAAUCUGAGAGAAAGACGUGGUAUCGCCGGUUCUCUUGUACUCCCCGCUGCAUGUGAUCCUGACUCUGAGCACCGGCAAAGCAGUCUAUCGUCGGGUGGUCGAGAUGCGAACAGAAGCACAUUUCACAGUCAUGGAGAACGUACUCGCCGUUCAAGGGAAGCCGACAGGUCCAGAAGUGAUGUCGGAGGUCGCCCCAAGAUCUUCCAUCCGACGCUCGAACCGGGAUUCCAGGAACGCCACCCAAGAGAUAGUGCUACGACGCACCAUCAGCGUAGUAAAUCUCUGCCAGCAAGGGGUCCUAGAUCACCCUCACAGAUGAGACAUUCGUGGAUCCGAUUCAACAGUGGACUGGACAUCCAACUGCACGCCAACUACCACCACCUUGGUGGAGAUUACAGCUCGCAACGUGAGAUGCAGCACGUAUUCGGUCAAACUGGAAGCGCUCAGGAAGAUACGCGUCAAGAAGAAUCGUCUCCCCAAGAGAGAACUGAUUCUGAGGAGCUUGUCAUGAUUGGUGCAGGUGAGGCAGCGUUGAGGACGAGAGCCAAAGCUAGACGGAUUUAUAUGACCGAUCGAAAGCGUACUAUAUGA